CGCUGCGGGGGCAGGAGGCGGAGCGGCUGGCGGCGGCGCAGCAGGCCAACAGGGAGGCGGAGGCGGCAAAGUCCGCAGCCACCUCCGCCGCCCAGGCCGUGUCCCGCUGCCGCGGCGACCUGGAGCGGCUGCGCGGGGAGCUGCGGGGGGGCAUGGCGGCGGCGCUGGGUGACCCGCGGGUCGGCGAGGAGGACUACAACAACCGGGUGACGGCGGUGCAAAAGGCCGAGGACAAGCGGCGCUCCCGUCUGGGCAAGGCGCACGCCAUGCAGACGCUGUUCGGCUCCUACCGCGAGAUGGUGGUGGGCGGACACGACUGCCCGCUGUGCAGGAGGGGAUUCAGCGAGGAGGAGCGGAGGGCGUGUGUGGAGUACAUCGACCAGGACAUGAGGGACCUCCCCUCCUCCAUCGCCGACUGCCAGUCCUCGCUGGCGCAGCUGCAGCGGCAGCUGGAUGCGCUGCGGGGCCUGCAGCCCACCUGGGUGCGGCUGGGCGACCUGGCGGGGCGGCUGCCGGGGCUGGAGAGGGAGGCGCAGGCGGCGAGGCAGGCGGAGGAGGAGGCGGCGGAGAGGGCCGAGGCCUCCCAGGCCGACUACGCGGAGGUGCAGGAGCGGGUCCGGGAGCUGGGUCGGCUGCACGCGGAGGUGGUGUGGCCGCUGGACAGGCUGGGGGCGGAGGUGGAGGGG